AUGGCGGACGACGACUUUAGUAAAUUGCUACAACAAGCCGAACAAUUAACUACUGAAAUCGAAGGAAAUGAGGAAUUACCCAGAGUUGAACGAUCUUUGGGUCAGGUUCUUGAGGCAUCACAAGAACUAUAUUCCAGAGUUAUCCAAUCUGGUGUUAAUGAUAUCCAGGCACAUCUUUUGUUUGGAUCAAAAGGCAUCGAUCUGCAACAGAUAUCUCAAAAGUUAGAAACACUGAGUUCAAAACGAACAUUUGAACCGCUUCAACCUAUUGCGGAUUCAGAUGUUGAAAGUUUCUUGAAAAAUGAAAGAGAAAAUGCUAUUUUAUCACUUAUUGAUGAGGUUAAUAAAAAUUCACUACAAACAACAGAAGACCAAAAAUGGGAACACAUGCUCUCUGAAUGGAACAAAGAAAAAUUAAAACUCAUGAAUGCAAUGAUAGGGCCAUCACAGAACUGGCUGGACCUUAAAAGAACACCUGAACCUCCCAGUAUUGCUGACACUCCAAAGAAGUUUGGCCAUUCUAUGCUAGAUAACAUAGAAGCUGCAUAUGCUCGACAAGUGCAUCAGUAUAACAAAUUAGUAUUUCAAGGAUCUAAGUCAAGAACGGUGUUACAUCAGAAGUUUGCCCAAGUUGCUGAGGAGUUAAAUGACAUGAAAGUCAAAGAAAUGUGGGAGAUUAUUAAAACGAUGGCAAACAUACCAGCGCUUGUUAGGGAUGAAGAUCCAUUAAAAGCUAGAGGAAAUCCUACUAUUCAACAGUGUUUGAUAGCUCAAGGAAAGAAAUAUUUAGAGAAAAGGUACAAGCAAUACAUGAGUGAUGUGGUACGUGCAAACCCUGCUGCAGCGAUGAGAGGUGGCGAACCUGGGACUUAUCCUUUAGUACGAGGCUUUGUAGGACUUCGUCUUCAGGGUCAGAGUAGUCAAGGCCUAACAGACGGUGUGGUUGAUGAUCGGCCCCUUUGGCCUAUGAUAUACUAUUGUCUGAGAAGCGGAGAUGCCAAUGCUGCCUUGCAUUGUUUACGAAAAGCAGGUCGUGAUCACGAGGAAUUUAUAGCAGCUCUUGAGGAACAUAUCAGAAACCCAGAAAAGUCACUGAGUGAAAAAUUGCAGACAGCCAUUAAUUUUCAAUAUAGAAUACAAGUGCGAAACUCCACAGAUCCGUACAAAAGAGCAGUAUACUGUGUUGUAGGUUGUUGCGACGUUAGUGAUGAGCACUCGGAGGUAGCGCGCACAGCAGACGAUUACCUUUGGUUGAAACUAUCAAUUAUAAAGUCUCGUCCUAAUAACGAACCAGAACCUUUUACAUAUUCCGACUUACAAAAAUUGAUUUUGGAAGAAUAUGGAGAAACACAUUAUCAUGCUUAUGAAAAACCACUUGUAUAUUUCCAAGUAUUAACUUUGACUGGACAAUUUGAACCAGCUAUUGAGUUCUUGUCGCGAAUUCCAAGGUAUCAAGUACAUGGUGUCCAUAUGGCUUUGGCUCUUCAUGAUCUUUACAUGCUGGGUACACCACGGAAUGUUCAAGCUCCCUUAUUAUCUGUUGACACAGAUGAUCCACCCCCACUUCGGAGAUUGAACUUAGCAAGAUUGCUUCUACUUUAUGUGAGAAAAUUUGAACUUUCCGAUCCCUCAGAUGCUUUACACUAUUAUUUCUUCCUAAGGAAUCUAAAGGACCCCAGUGGUAAAAAUUUAUUUAUGUGUUGCUGUACAGACCUUGCAUUAGAAAGCCGGGAUUAUGAAUUACUAUUUGGUCGAAUGGAUCCUGUGACAGGAUUAAGCAGUCCUGGUUUAUUAGAUCAGUUUAAUAACCCUCACAUAGAGAGUAAGGUGAUUGCUCUGAAUGUAGCGGAACAAUUGGUAAAUAAAGGUCUUUUUGAAGAUGCUAUUACAGUAUAUGAUAUUGCUGGGAAUAUGGAAAAGGUGCUGGAACUAUUUUGUGUGCUUCUUGCCCAAGUGGUGAAUAGCGGUGGGGGCGCUAGUGGAUUACGACAACGUUUAUCUUUGUUAGCUGAACACGUAUCCCGACGUCUACGAUAUGCCGAUACCACUGCAUUACCGGCAUCGCUAGUUGAAGCUUACACUAAGCUGUGCAAACUUAUGACAUUCUUUGAUCAGUUCCAUAGUGAAAAUUAUGAAGGAGCUCUUGAGACGUUGCGCGAAUGCGAGCUGGUGCCGCUGAGCGGCGCGGAGCUGGAGGCGCGCGUGGCGGCGGCGCGGGCGGCGCGCGGCGAGCUGCUGCGCAGCCUGCCCGCCGUGCUGCGCGCGCUCUGCACCAUCCUGCUGGCACAGCGCCAGCGCCUUCGCGCCGCGCACGACCACAACACACCCCACCAAACCACCAAGCAUGUGGAAUGGCUGCGAGAACAGGCAGAAGUUCUUAAUACUUUUGCUGGCAACAUUGCUUACAGAAUGCCAGGAGACACUUACAGCCAGUUAGCUCAGAUGCAAAUUUUGAUGCAUUAA